UUUCAUUUGAUAAAUCUGGAAAAAUUCAAAACACGUCCCCCGAUUUUCUUUAACCCAAAAGAAAAAGAUCAAACAACAAAACAAAAAAAUCUAACAAUUUAUUAGACUUUCACUGUUCACUCCCAGAAAAAUGACGAAGGAAGAAACACCGCCAGCUAAAGCAGCAGACUCCGUCAAAACUCGAGGACCUCGAGAUCGCCAUUCAAAGAAAGACAAACCCAAACCCCUAACAAAGGUCAUCAUUCGUCGUCUUCCUCCGACAAUGACCGAAGAGGAAUUCCUCAAACAAAUAGAUCCCCUCCCUGAGUAUGACAACUACUACUAUGCCGCAGCAGACUGGUCUCUGGGAUUCGAUGCAACUUGCCGGGCAUACAUCACUUUCCGAAAUCAUGAUGACGUCUUUCUCUUCCGUGAUCGUUUUGAUGGUUAUGUCUUUGUCGAUACAAAAGGCGAGGAAUACCCAGCCAUAGUUGAAUUUGCUCCGUUCCAAGGACUGCCAAAGAAUAAGGCACGAAAAACUGAUCCCAAAGUUGGAACAAUCGAGAGCGAACAGCAUUACAUAAAUUUCCUCCAGAAGCUCGAAGAGGACCGUGAAGCUUGCAAAAACGAGUGCAAGCUGGAGUUCUCCCUUCAGCCUAAGGAUGACAAAAAAGUCACAUCAACUCCAUUGCUGCAAUUUCUCAUGAACAAGAAAAUGGAACGACGCGAAGAGCAAAAGAAACGCACCGAGGACAACCGACGCAAACGUGAGGAAGAGAAACAGAAGCGAAGAAAUCGGGUUUCAAAGGGCAUCCCAAGUGCCAUCAAGGAGGAAGGUGCUCCCUCGACUAAGGAGGCCAAGCCAAAAGCUGAGGGUGGUACAGCUGACCAUCCCGAGGAGAAGAAGAAUUCACGGGCUAAGCGUCGGGCCGAAAGGGACCAACGUCGCCGAGAGGAACAUGAACAGCGUCGCCGAGAAAAAGAAAAGGAGCGUAUUGCUGCUGAAAAUGAACAAAAAUCAGGCAAGCCCACCACCACUACCACACCUACAACCUACGCCACCCAGCAACCUGCAAAGGAACCUGAAAAAACUACCCCCGUCACCAUUGCCAAGGCCCCAGAAGGAGAACCCAACAAACGCAAAGAAGUCAAGAAAUACAGCGAGAGAAGGGAGCGAAAUCGCAACAAGAACUCCCAACAAACUCCCUCCGCUGGUGCUGCUCCCCAUGAAUCUGCGAAUCCAUCCAGUUCAGCUGUAAAACCAAUAAAGGAGGAAAAAUCUCAAUUGAAGGACAACAAUGCCAUGAUGAGCUUCAUGAAGAACCUCUCGAACGUGAAGGAAUUCGUUCCGAAGCAUAAACAAGAAGCUGCAGCAGCUAAGGAAGAGAAUGAAAAGUUGAAUAAAAAGGAUCCCAAUGCCCCAAUAGAUAUGGAGGAAGUUAAGGAUAAGCUAGAGAAGAUAUCCUUGCAGGACAAGGUGCAAGUCCAAAAGCCCGCUUCCCAAGAAAAACACGACGACGAAGCAGUCGAGACUAAGACCGAGAGAACCGAACGCUCACAUCGCAAUUCCAGUUCCAGCGGAGGUUAUCCAAACGAAGCAAAAAGCGAAGACCGCAAGGAGCGUCGUAUUCGCAAUAAGGAUCGUCCAUCCAUCAUGAUUUAUCAACCCGGAAAGUCCAGGCUUCGUUCGACCGAAGAUGGUCAGCCGAUUUUAGACACAAAAAGUAAUCCCACCUCGGAUACGGAGAGCUUGAAAAAGGAGGAGCACUCGAACACCGUGCGAAAGGUAAGUCGCUAUUCAGAGAGACGCUCUGGCAGAGCACGGGACGGCAAGCGCAGGGCCAGCGAAGAUAUCACUUCAAAAAUCGCCGAAGUUUCUUCCAUCGAUGAGCUGAAAACCGAUCAAGAAGCCAAACCUGUGGAGGAGAAAAAACCUGAAGAGAAACCCACCGUUAAGAAAGAAGUCGAAUAGAUUUGUCUGCAUCCUUAAAUUAGAUUUCCAAGAAUUCUUCAAAUAAAACUAUGAAUUUACUAUUUUUAGGUAUUCCUCAGA